GGUUACUAGACAGUGAUGCGGCAAACCCAAAUGGGUUGUUUGUGCAACAAGGAGAGCAAGUAGAAGUACGCGAGUGGUUCUGCAUUUCAGUUGUCCGCAGUCAGAACACGGCUAUGCUAGCACCCUGCCGCCUUUGAGCCUGGGACACAACACCAAGUUUACAACUUUCAACACUUCUUUACUUGCGUCGCAUUAUCCGAAUUUACAAAUGGACUCGCCAAUGCGAGAUGGUAACGAUGCUGAAGCCCCUCCUGCUGAGCCCAGCGAGGCAUUCCAACUGCGGGGCUACCAGGCUGAGAUGGUAGAAGAGAGCAUGAAAGAUAACGUCAUCGUGGUCAUGGACACGGGCUCGGGAAAGACGCAAAUAGCCAUCGAGCGGACACGGGUGGAGUUGGAGACGUGCGAGCCCGACAAGAUCGUCUGGUUUCUAGCACCCACUGUUACACUAUGCGAGCAGCAAUAUGAGGUCUUCCGGUCUCAUUUACCUGGACUCGGAUACCAAUUGCUCUGCGGAAGAGAUGACGUUGAUCUCUGGACCACUCAGGCGCAGUGGGACAGCGUUUUGGAUCACAUCCGCAUCGUAAUUUCGACACACCAGGUACUACUUGACGCACUCACGCACGGAUUUGUCAAACUGGCAAAGCUGGCUUUGUUAAUUUUUGACGAAGCGCAUCACUGUACAUUGAAGCACCCAGCAAAUCUAAUUAUGUCCAAUUUCUAUAUGCCUCAAUUGGAUAAUGGUAGCAAAUUACUCCCUAAAGUUCUUGGCUUGAGUGCGAGUCCUGUUAUGAAAGCAGCAGCCAGUGAGCAAGGCCUCCAGGAGAUAGAGCGGAACCUGCACGCCACCGUAAGGACACCAAAGCUUCAUAGGUCUGAACUCAUACGGCAUGUUCAUAGACCGGAGUUACUUCAUGUCAACUACGCGGUAAACGCCCCAGGGCAACAGCAUUCUCAUCUACUUCUUGCGUUGCAGCAUGCAUUACGCACUUAUGAUCUUGCAAAAGAUCCGUACGUGGUCGCAUUAUUGGACCAACAAAAAAACGGCUUCGAUGUCUCUCGCCAACUGAACAAGCUGUGGAAUAGCAAUAAGACUUAUUGCCUCGACCAAUUGAAACAGUUGGUGUCUAAGGCUGAAGCCAUGGCAGAUGAGCUCGGAAUCUCAGCAAUGGAGUACUACGUACAUCAGUGCAUUGUCAAGUUCGAAAAGGCGACUCGCGGUUCAGAUCAGCAGCUACUGGAUCUGACCACCAACGAGCGGCAACAUCUCCUAAGCAUAUUCCAAGGCCUUCCCCUACAACACCCUGCACCCUUACCUACUACCAUCAUCGAAAAGAUGUCUCACAAAGUUGAUAAACUUAUUGACACUCUAGUCGCAGAAGCCAAUGGUACUCCAGGAUUCACCGGCCUUGUUUUCAUUGAGCAGCGAGUCUGGGUAGCAUCGAUCGCUGAGAUCUUAGCAUGCCAUCCGCGAACCAAGGAUAUCUUGCGAGUAGGUACAUACGUUGGUACGUCGCAGACAAGCAAGCGUAAGACGAAUGUAUGCGCCCUGGCAGAACCAGCCAACCAGCAAAGCACACUCGACGACUUCCGCGCGGGUAUUAUUAACCUCGUUUUGGCUACGACUGUUCUUGAGGAAGGUGUCGACGUAUCAAGUUGUCAUCUUGUGGUAUGCUUUGAAAGACCCAAGAACUUGAAAAGCUUUGUUCAACGACGCGGAAGGGCAAGGCGACAGGAGUCGCGUUACUUCAUCCUCGUACCAGAUACUGGCGAAGCACGGUCUUUAACAUCGUGGCAAGCGCUUGAAGCUGAGAUGAGGAGAGCGUAUGAAGACGAUAAACGUCAAAUUCAAGUGGCUCAGGAGGCAGAACAAAAGGAUGAAGUGGGUGAGCGCUACUUCAGUAUCCCAAGUACCGGUGCAUUGUUGACUCUGGACAACGCGGCUCAACAUCUUUACCACUUCUGCGCGCGUUUAGGGGGUAGCGCCUACGUCGACGCACGACCUGAAAUUGACUUUACCAACACCCUGGGGCGGAUCACUGCUAACAUCACGCUACCAAUUUCUGUCGACCCUACUGUCAGGAAAGCUAAAAGUCUGCAGUCGUGGAGCACAGAGAGAAUGGCUCAAAAAGACGCCGCCUUCGAGGCAUACAAGGCUCUUUAUCUGCACGGAUUGGUAAACGAGAAUCUCCUUCCCAUCCAAGAAGAGGGAGACGACGAGGCAGCCCAAUACCAGAUUCCCGACGAUCGCCCGUCCCUCGUACCGGUGUCUCAAACUCUUGAUCCCUGGACCGUGAUCGCCCAACAUCAUCAAUGCGAACCUGACUUAUGGUACCGCACCCUGCUCGAAGUGCGGGCCUCAGGGGAGGAGCCGAUGCGCGUAAUACUACUGACUCCAGCUCCCAUGCACGAGAUCUCUGAUAUACUGCUACAUUGGAACGAAUCGAAGCAGUACACGGUUACGACCUCCGCUCUUUACGGUACGUCUUUAAUUAAUAUCGACAUUAAUCUGUUGCGCUCUAUCACGUGGAAGAUCUUGCACUCGGUCUUCGGAGCACACAUCAUCAAAGGGGUCGACGACUUUCUCUGUCUACUUGCUCCAUGCGACUCAUCGGGAUACAUGAUGACAGAGAACGAGCUAUACAAGUGGAAUGCGACAACCGAAGGCCAGCGGCCAGCAUCCAAAAUCUUGGCCCAAGGAAAUCUGGACACGUCGAAGUGGGGUCUGACAUCCCUGCAAGGAGACCUUCGCAAGUUCAUGCCUAUGUCUAUUGAGCUUCCAGAUUCUCCAGACUUGUCAGGCGUUGAGGAGACUCUCAUACAAGCUGUGCGUUUGCCAAAACGUCGAGACUUUUUACAUGCGGUAUUCGAGAACGCGAACAAGAAUGAAGCGUAUACCAGAGUGGAGAGUCUACUAGCUUCAUCAUGUCUUGUUGAAAGCCUUCCGACCAGAUACGCCAUCCUGGCCUUGUUGUUGCCCUCGAUUCUGCAUAAGCUUGAGGUAUACAUGAUUGCAGAUACACUUCGGACGACGAUCCUCCAACCGGCUGAAUUCGAGGUAUCGGACAUUCCAGUCAUCGUUACCGCACUUACCUCGUCCGCGGUCGACAAGCGCGACAAUUACCAGAGGAUGGAAUUUUUGGGGGACUGUAUCUUGAAGUUUGUCGCUUCACUUCACUUAAUGGCUACGAAUCUCAUCAUGCCAGAGGGCAUUCUCACUGGGAAGAAAGGCAAGCUUGUUAGUAACGGCUACCUGGCGCGGGCCACACUGGCCGCAGGCCUGGAUAAGUUCAUCUUCUACAAGAACUUCACUGGCGCAAAGUGGAAGCCGCGAUACAUCAGUGAUACACUCGCUGACAGCGCGCCUCCUAUCAAACAAGAGAAGUCGUCAAAACUCAUCGCCGAUGUGAUUGAGUCGCUCAUUGGCGCCUCAUAUCUGGUCGGUAGCUUUCCCAAAGCUUUCGCAUGCAUGCAAGCUCUCCUACCACUCGAGAAAUGGACGCCUAUCCCGGAGGCGAACGAAAUACUCUUCAACGCAGCUCCGUCUCAAGGAACAGUAACAAACUUGGCUCUGGUCGAAAAGCUACUUGGUCAUACGUUUAACAAGAAGGACAUUCUACUAGAAUCUCUCACACACUCUACGUUCCGUGGCCCAAACGUGCAUUGCUCGUACGAGCGUUUUGAGUUCCUGGGAGACGCAGUGCUCGACUACAUCAUCUCGAAGAGGCUCUACGCUCACGAGUCGAGACUGCCGCAUUGGAAGAUGCAUGGCGUCCGAACAGCAAUGGUAAACGCGGCGUUCUUGACUUACUGCAUGUUCGAGACUACGGUAGCGGAAGAGUUGACCAACAAGUCAACUUUCCAACCAGAGGUGCAUCAUAGAGCGCUAUGGCAGUUCCUUCGAUCGUCGAGCCCAGAACUCAUCGCUGGGCGAACUGCCGCCUUGAAGCAACAUGCCGAGGCGCGUCACACAAUCGCUACAGCUCUAGCGCACGACAACCGCUUCCCGUGGCAUGCGCUUUCGCUUACUGACCCGCCCAAAUUCCUCUCUGAUAUAGUCGAGAGCGUAAUUGGCGCCCUCUACAUCGAUUCUCAUGGCUCCAUCCCUGUGUGCGAAGAGUUUGUCCGUCGUCUGGGUAUCUUGCCAUGUCUCGAGCGUAUUCUGAAGGAUGGUGUGGACUGCUGGCACCCGAAAGAGCGGAUCAACACCCUUGCGGCGGAUAAGGGUAUCAAGUACGUUCGCGUCACGAGUGAUCAAGGUGAUUCUGGCAAAGGAGCGAGUAGCCCAGAGAAGGGGUAUAGGGUUCAAGUAAGGAUUGGUGGGAAGGAUGUGGGAGGUGUGGUCGAGGGAAUCAAGAGGUUGCAAACUGAGACUAUCGCUGCCUGGAAGGUUAUUGCGCUGCUUGAAGGCGGGGCUGCUGAUUCUGUACCAGCGAAGGUAGCAGAGGAAGAUGAAGAGGACGAGGAAGACGGGGGUGUAGCUGUUGUACCAACGGAGGCAGCCGAGGAGGACGAGGAAGACGAGGAAGACGAGUUCUUCGAUGCUGAAGAAGGCGGUGGAGUCAUGCUGUAGCAUGCCGAACGA